UUGUUCCUCAGAGGCGGUGCCCGGCAGGCGAAUCGGGAGAGGCGGGUUCGGCCCCUGGCGGCUGCACUUCCUCGCCGCGCGGUUGGUUCUCUGUCUUUAUUUUCAGGGAUUGGCGCGUUCAGAUAAUAUUUGAUGAUGAAUGAUCCAUGUCUUCAAGAAUGCAAGUGACACUGUAGAGAGAGGAAAGAUCACCGGUAGCCACUUAUGUGUAUAAAUUGUCCAGACGUGUCCUUCAAAUUCCGGAAGGGAGUGGUCCAGUGUAUUUCACCACCACCUUUACAGGAUGGAAGCCAUCAGUUUGUCCUGUGGUUCAUUUUCUAGGAACCCAAGCUACUUUCAUAAAGAAAAGACAGAGAUGGAAAAGAGGGUGUCUGACUGCUGGACAAGCAGUUACCAGGAGUCAGUGACCUUUGAGGAUGUGGCUGUAGACUUCACCCAGGAGGAAUGGAUUUUAUUGGACACAAAACAAAGGAACCUUUAUAGAGAGGUGAUGCUGGAGAACUACCAGAACCUGGCUACAUUAGGAUGUCAGCUUAUCAAAUCCAGGUCCAGCUUUUGCUUGGAGGCUGAAGAGUUGAAAGUAGUCAAGAGAAGAGUUCACCAAGAAUUGGCUAUGCAACUUAACACCAGAGGCACAGUGUUUCAUCAGGAUAUUUUUCAGUUAAAAAUGUCAAAUGAGAUACAACUGUCAAAUAGCCACAAUGGAAAGGAGCUCUGUGACUUUAAGCCACCCAGAGAAAUAGGCACAGAACCUUCAUGCAGUGUGACACACAUAGGUAUUGAAAACACAGGGAACAUUUAUGAUUGUGUUCAGUAUGGACAAGCCUUUCCUAUUCGGCCUAAGGAGACCUCCUCUGUAGAUAAUGGUCCUGAAUUAUGCCAGUAUGGAAAAGACUUCAGUAUGAUUGCAAGAACAGCUUACCCGACAACAUGUGUACAAAAAUUCAUUGAAUCCAAUGAAUUUCAGCAAGUCUUUGAUAAUCAGUCAUCUCUUCAGAGGCCUGGGAGAAGUCACAGUGAAGACAAACUCUUUAAAUGGGUACAGUGUGGUGACACUUUUAGCCCAGCCAUGAGUCAUGCUGAGAGUUCUCAAACAUACACUGGGAAAAAAUCCUAUGAAUGUAAGGAAUGUGGGAAAAGUUUUAAAUAUUCUGCCAACCUUAAUAUUCAUAUGCGUACUCACACUGGGGAGAAACCUUAUCAAUGUAAGGAAUGUGGGAAAGCCUUUUCUAGGUGUUAUCCACUAACUCAGCACUUAAAAACUCACACUGAAGAGAAGCCCUUUGAAUGUAAGGUUUGUGGAAAAUGCUUUAGAAAUUCCUCAUGUCUUAAUGAUCACUUCCGGGUUCACACUGGAAUAAAACCCUAUAAAUGUAAGGACUGUGGCAAAGCCUUCACAGGGCGUUCUGGCCUUAGUAAACAUUUACCAACACACACUGGAGAGAAGCCUUAUGAAUGUAAGGAGUGUGGGAAGGCCUUCACUUCAACCUCAGGCCUUAUUAAACAUAUGAAAAGUCACAUGGGAGAGAGACCCUUUGAGUGUGAUCACUGUGGGAAAACCUUUGCUUCUUCCUCAACCCUUAUUACACAUUUGAGAACACACACUGGAGAGAAACCCUUUGAGUGUAAAGUAUGUGGGAAAGCAUUCACAUGUUCUUCUUAUCUUCGAAUUCACAUGCGGACUCACACUGGAGAGAAGCCCUAUGCAUGCAAGGAGUGUGGCAGAGCCUUCUCUGAGCGCACAAGCCUGACUAAACAUUUACGAACACACACUGGAGAAAGUCCCUUUGAGUGCAAUGUGUGUGGAAAAGCGUUCGCAUGUUCUUCCUACCUUCAUAAUCACAUACGAACUCACACUGGAGAGAAACCUUAUGUCUGUAAGGAAUGUGGAAAAGCCUUCACUGUUUCUUCACAUCUAAGUAAACACGUAAGAAUUCACACAGGAGAGAAACCCCAUAAGUGUGAGGAGUGUGGGAAAGCGUUCACUGUGCGCUCUGGCCUUACAAAACAUAUCCGAACUCACACUGGGGAGAAGCCCUACAGUUGUAAAGAAUGUGGGAAAGCGUUCACUACAUCCUCAGGCCUCCUUGAACAUAUAAGAAGUCACACAGGAGAGAAGCCAUAUGAAUGUGACCAGUGUGGAAAGGCCUUUGCUUCUUCCUCCUAUCUUAUUGCACAUUUGAGAAUUCACACUGGAGAGAAGCCCUUUGAGUGUAACAGGUGUGGGAAAGCAUUCACAUGUUCCUCCUACCUUCAUAUUCACAUGCGAACUCACACUGGAGAGAAGCCCUAUGACUGUAAGGAGUGUGGGAAGGCCUUUGCUGUUUACUCUCAUCUAAGUAAACAUGUAAGAAUUCACAGUGGAGAGAAAGCCUACACUUGUAAAAGUGAUGGGAUAGCCUUCAGUCCUCAUCUUACAGAACACAUGAAAAAUCUUGAGAUAAAUUCUUUUGUUGGAGAGAAUGAAGAGACUGCUUUAGGAAGUUCUAUUGCUUUAGCAGUGCAUCCAAACUCACAGUGUCAAGAAAGCUUAUCAGUAUAAGCCAUUAGUAAAAUGAUUGUUUAUAUCCUAGUUAACUUCAAAGACAAAAGAAAUCAUGUUGCAAAGAUGCCUCAUGAACAUAAAGAACGGGGGAAGUGAUCAGAACGCUCAAAACCCAGCUCAC